AUGGUGGACUACUACAGAGUCCUUGAGGUUUCUAGAACUGCAACCACAGCUGAAAUAAAGAAAGCUUAUCGCAAACUAGCUUUAAAAUGGCACCCCGACAAAAAUCCAGACAAUAUGGACGAUGCUACAAAAAAAUUCAAAGAAAUAUCUGAAGCUUAUGAAGUACUAUCUGAUGAUUCCAAACGAAAGGUAUAUGAUAAUCGUUGUAAUAGGAACAGUUCAACAAAAUCGACGAGAACCAAUAGAGGUCAUUUUGACAGUCACAGUCCCUUUUCUUACAGUUACAACCCCUUUUCUCAGAGAUAUUUUGAAAAAAAGAAGCGUGUAUAUGACCAGUAUGGCAAAGAAGGUCUCAUAAAUGGAAACAAUCGUGGUAGAAGCCGUCAUGAAGACGAAUUUGAUUUCAAUGGAUUCGGAUUCUAUACUUUCAGAGACCCAGAAGAUGUGUUUAGAGAAUUUUUCGGUGCCACAGUUUUUGAUCUCCUUGGCGAUCCGCACGGAAGAGACAGACGACAGAGGCACAGGCACCACGCGCAACCGCAGAACGCCCUCAGCAAUGCGUCUCUCUUCUCCUCGUUCGGACUGCAGUUCGGCGGCGGCCUGAUGGACGAUUUCUUCAGCACCGGCCAGACGACGGGAUUCACGUCGUUCGGCUCGCUGAGCACCGCCUUCAAUGGCGCGCCCGUCAAUGCGAACGUCAAGCGAACGUCGACUUCGACGCGGUUCGUGAACGGCAGGAAAAUCACCACCAAGAAAGUCCACGAAAAUGGAAGGGAAACAGUUUUCUCCUACGAGAACGACGUGCUGAAAUCAAAGACUGUCAAUGGGGUUCCUCAAAGUUUAACAUACAGUUAAAUGUGACAAUUCGCCACAUACUAUAAUAUUCGCAUUAUCCCCCUCCCCAUUUAGCCUAAUUAUAGUAGUACUUACCCUCACUUCAGACAUAAAUAGUAUAAAUGUGAUUUGAUGUAUUAUUGUAAAGCUGUUCAAUAACAGAACAACAACCAGUCGUAAAGCAACAAAUAUUUUCUGGCAGAUUUAACAAGUGGAAAUAUUAGCACUGAUGGGUUAGUGUUCACCCCUUCCCCACUGAAAAAUAACGAUUUCACAAUAUCUGCUUCAAGUGGCAAAUAAAUAUUAAUGAAAUAUAAAAUUUGAAUUAAACUUCGAGAUGCAUGGGAGAAGCUUUGAAAUUAUUUUGGUAUACUUAUAUGGUAGCAUUUAUUGUAUAGCUCAAACUUUCGAUGUACAGUAUUUGCUCAUUUAGAAUAUACAGUGUGUCCCAGUUAUGAUUGACAUUUUUUCUCCAAGCUACUCAAGUUCUGCUGCGAGAGAGAUCUAUCAGAUGAUGCAAAAUUUUACAGGGUAAUGAAACACAAGUGACAACAAUGUCACUAUUAGGAAGUAAGAAAUUGAGGCCAUUCAAAUGAUGAAUAUUGGUUUCUGAGUGAAAUUUUUCGGAACUCUCUCAUAUGGGAAGAGGUUCUACAGUAUUGUAGGCUAAUACCAAAAUGUUUUACUCAUUUUUGUGUCGUUUCUCUUAAUUUCAAAAGAUUUUUUUUGGAACACCAUUUUUUUGAAUAAUUUUUGAGUAUCUCUAACUUUUUUCCAUCUGUUUAUCACAAAAUUUGUACAUGAAAGAAGGUAAAUGAUGUGUGUGUUUGGACAAAAUAGUUGAUGCAUUGGACUUUCUUUAGUGAUUAAUUGAAUUCGUGCCAGACCAUGGACGCAGUGUAAAGUUUAUUGGCGAUUGGUGGCAGCAAAUCAUUUUCGGCAUUUUCUAGAUGUUUUCAGAGGAUAAAAAUGAUUCAACCAUAUUUUUUAAGAAGUUAAUAUCUCAACAAGUGUUGGAAAGUGCAUUAUUGCAUGAGUUUGGAUCAACUUUUUUCUACAAACGUUAAAAAACUGACAUCAAAAAUAUAUCGUGAAUAAAACAUAACCACAAAAUUCACAAUCUUGACAAUUUCCAUGAUUUCGAUGUCCCUCUACAGGGAAGAACGAACUUCUUGCAUUCACCGAACUAAAAUCAGUGUCAUCAAGAGUGCUGUACGUAAAGCGGUUUGGUUGAAUAAUAAUUAUAGGGAAAAGCAUAGCUGUUUCAACACCAUCUUCCCUACAUCGUGGUUACCAUAUAUAUUCAAAAAAUAUCUGUUCCAAUACAAUCAUUCUAACCUGUUUCUCACUUGGAAAAGUUGACGCUUGUUGAAAAAAUUUGAUUCUAACCCUUGCAGAAAGGCACAAGGCACUUUUCGCACUUGUUUGGAAACUCUCUUUGGAUGAUUACCGUCUUUCUAGCUGGGAAACAUUGUAUGCCUUCAGGUUGACUGAUUACUGAAUUAUUAUUAUGAGAUAUUGUCGAUGCUGUUUUCUGGUGUGCUCAAUAAUCAUAAAAAUAUCCUCCUACUGGUCGUACUUUAGAAGAAACGUACCUACGCACCAUUAUAAUUAUAUAUUUAGUGAUUAUCUUCAAACUUGUUUUUCUUUUGCCUUCUCCAAUUUUCUCUAGUCUAAGCUGAAGCUGUUAAAUGCGCAUAUUUACUUAGCUUCUUAUUAUUUUUUACUUUUAAUUUAAGUUAUAAUACUUGAUUCAUGAAGAUUAAGCAAUUGAGUUGUAAUAAAAGUUUAGUUUGAAAUAAUUAAUAGUUUUUUCGUCUAUACCCUAAUCUAUUCACUAAAGUGUUAUUUCAUCAUGAGCAGUUUUAGGUCCUGAUUUUCUGUUUUCAUGGGUGCCUAUCUUAAAUCAAAAGUAGUAAUAAAAAAGAAACUGUCAUUGGUAAAGUAGUCAUCGAAAUAUUCUGAAUAUUAUGAUAUACGUUCAUUUAUAAACGUCAUUAUUCACGAAUAUAC